GUCACCCAUCAGUGUGCCAGUCAGUGCCACCUAUCAGUGCUGCCAAUCAGUGCCACCUAUUUAGUGCCAGUCAGUGCUGCCUAUCAGUGCCAUGUAUCAGUGCUGCCUUUCAGUGCCCAUCAGUGAUGCCUGUCAAUGCCCAUCAGUGCCGCCAAUCAGUGCCACCUAUUCAGUGCCCAGUCAGUGCCGCCUAUCAGUGUGCAUUAUCAGUGCCACCUAUCAGUGCGCAUCAGUGGCGCCUAUCAGUGCCAGUCAGUGCCACCUAACAGUGCCUCCUCAUCAGUGCCCACCUAUCUCAUAUGAGUAC